AUGGAUGCUUUCAAGAGCGCUUUGGCUGCCACUUUGGAGUUCUUGUCAAAGAAUGAGAAGCUUGACAAGGUUUCCUAUGAGGCCAUUGAAGGUUCCCAAGUGGCAACUCUCUUGAAACGACUUGAUGCCAUCAAGCUAGAGCUGGGGCAUGCAUCAGAGUUGUCUGAACUGGUCCAGAACAGUAGCCUGGCUGAGUGCCACAAGACUUCGCUGAUCAAAGCCCUGUCUGCAAGUUCAUGCAAGGAAGUUUCCCAGAAGGGUGGGAAGCGGGACCAUCAGUUUCUCCUGUCAGGUUUCUUGAACUACUUGACCCAGACCGAAAAAGAAGCCCUCAGAGAUGACUCCAAGCAUGCUUUCACGAGGUGCAGCAUCCCAGUGGCACGCUGCAUGAAAAUCGAACUGUUCAUGCCGUGCGAGAAAACGUAUGGUCAUGUUCUGGCAACACUCAUAGAACAUUUCCAAAUGGCUGGGACUGCAAAGGAAGCAAAUGAUCUCUUGGUGGAAUUCAAGAGGCUUCUUCGACGAGCCAGGGGCGACAAGAAACCGUCCCUUCUCCACUACCCAGCUGAUCCAAGAGAAAUGCCUGUCAACUUGUUUCAAGCUGCUUAUACCAAUGCAACCGAGCUGGAUGCUGCGCAAAGCGCAAAUUGCAAACCCGGCAAGUGGCUCAGAGCCAGCAGCAAGGACCUUCAAGAGAUGGUGGUGCCUUUUCAAGGCCAUGGUUCGAGGAGAGGAGGGCAGAUGAACUUCAUGCAGCAGCAGAUGUUGAUGCAGCAGCAUCUUCAACAGAUGCAGCUUUUUCAGCAGCAGCAACAACAAGGUGACCUCAAUGGUUUGGUGAUUUUUCCCAAGAAGAGGAAGAGCUUGGAAAACGGCAAUGUUUCUUCGCCUUCUGGGCAGUCCAAUGGGCAGGGUGGUGCGCCACUCGCCUUGCAGGACAUUCCUGUCCGCAAUUCUUUUUCUCUCCCAGACCCUGGUGCGCCUUCUUCUGAGCCAUCUACAGGGCCAGGCGAAGCGAAACAAGAGACUUCAGCUGCUGCUAAUGCUGCCGAUCAUGAAGUUGAUGCCCACCUCAACGCCAUGGAUGACGCCUUCAAUGCUCGAGGUGACCACAGGGCAGCAUUGAAACGUCCAGCCAGCAAAAUGGACCAAAAAGGAAAAGGCAAAGGAACCAAGAAGAACAACCAGGUGAUCGAUGCGACACCAAAAUUGCUUGGAAAGGAAAUCCCAAGGUACGUGUCCCAGAAUGCUCUGGCUGCCAUUCUGGAUGAGGUCAAGAAGAAUGGCAUCCCCAAAGCUACGUCCCGUUCAAGCAUCAAGCGAUCUCGGGAGAUGCAGCUUGAAGAGAUGACCAAUGAGUUUGGCCACUUGAUCUCUUACAUCGACUUUGAACAGUGCAGCCCAAAAGGUGAAACCGCAAAGGGAACAGUCAAGUUGCCCUUCAUCAAUCCACUGGCUUUUUUCCAACACAUCGUGUCUGACUGCGCUGGUGUUGGUGAAAGCAUUGAUUCACCACUGGAAGUCAUUGUUUACAAUGAUGAGGUUAGCCCUGGUAACCAAUUACGACAUGAUGCAACUCGCAAGAUGCAAAUUAUAUAUUGGACCGUAAAACAGGGACCAGGGCUUGGAGUAGAUCAAUUGUGGUUUACUUUGGGGGUGGCCUGCUCCAGUGAGAUUGCCAAAAUCAAAGGCGGGCUGUCAGCCUACAUGAGACAGGCUAUGGGUUUGUUCUGUAGUCCUGUGGAUGCCCGGUUAGGGUUCCAGCUGCGGUGUGAAGAUUCUGUCGUUUUGAAAUUCAUUCGCUUUAGCAUGUUCGUUGCAGACGAAGUUGCUUUAAAAGAGACAUUUCAGUUUAAGGGUGCAGCAGGCGUUCAGAUCUGCCCCCUUUGCACCAACAUUGUCUCUGAAGCCAGUGAACUUCACAGAUACUCCGACCGGCUGUUGCCAAGUUCCUCUGUUGAACCAUCGCAGUGGCAAAGGGCCAACAGUGAAUCCAUCAAGGCCAAAAUCAGAAGAUUGCACGACUCUGCAGGAUGCACCACCCGUCAAGCUUUUGAGGACAUGGAAAAAAGUUAG